AUGAUGCACGCGACUCCCUUCCUUCUGGUGCUCAGCCUGGCCCUGGUGGCCCCUGGCCUCUCAGAAAGAAAGUGUGUGCUGACUGGGCGCUGGGUCAACGACCUGGGCUCCAACAUGACCAUCGGGGCUUUGAAUGAAAAAGAUGAGUUUGCUGGCACCUACCACACGGCCGUAACUGCCACCACGAACAAGAUCCAGCUGUCACCUCUGCAGGGGUCCCAGCAUCGCAGGAACCAGAAGGACCAGCCCACCUUUGGCUUCACUGUCAACUGGAGCUUUUCAG